AUGUCAUCAGCUGGAACAUCUGCUCGGACGCCACUGUCGUACUUCAAGGACAAGGAUCGACUCGGCGGGGCGUACGGUCGGCUCUCGACGAGUGACACGUUCGCGCUCAGCGGCGGCGGCGGCGGCGGCGGCGGCGACAGUGCUGCAUCGACUCCCGUAUCCUCGACUUCGCGCACCCAUUCGCCGACGCCUUCCCAGUGCGCGCCCGACGACCAGCACUAUGCGUACUCGACCUCGCUCAGGAGGCAGGAAGCGGCCGACGCGUCGAGCUCGAUCGCGUUGGGUGAUUUGCCCCAGGUCGCCGGUCAGGCUUUUGCGAGUGUGCUCGGAGGGGGCACUCCAUCCUCUGCGGCCCCAAACAACAUGAACGGCAGCAGUUUGAGAUACGCCACCACCACCGCCAACAACACGGGUCAUUCGCAUCUCCCCCCCGCGCCGUCGCUCCCCUUUCCCCCUCCCCAGCACUCGGCGAUCCCGACCCACACGACCGCGCACCACCCCUUUGCGCACACCUCCUCGCCCAUGACCCCUUCCACCCACUACGCGACCCAAUCCAUUACCCAAACCCUCGCCUCCCUCGCCACCUCCUCGACCCACGGCCUCGCCUCCGCCAAGGUCACCGCGAUCAGGGAACUGCACGGCGCGAACGAGUUCCAGGUCGAAGCCAAGGAUCCGAUAUGGAAGAAAUUCCUCGGUCAAUUCAAGGAACCGCUCAUCCUGCUUCUAAUGGGGAGUGCGGCCGUCAGUGCGAUCGUCGGAAACUAUGACGAUGCGGCUUCAAUCGUCGCGGCCAUCAUCAUCGUCGUCGCAGGUGAGUACGAGCGAGAGUACAAAUUCUAAUCAUCCGCGCGCUCAUAAGCCUGUCUUAAUGCCAACGCAGUCGGGUUCGUGCAAGAACAACGUUCCGAAAAAUCGCUCGAAGCACUCAACAAGCUCGUCCCUCAUUUCUGUCAUCUGAUUCGCGACGGUCACAAAACGACUCAACUCGCCAACGUGCUCGUACCCGGUGACCUCAUCACCUUCCAAACCGGCGAUCGGAUAUCGGCCGAUAUCCGCUUGACCCAAGCCCACGGACUCGAGAUUGACGAAUCGACAUUGACGGGUGAGACCAAACCGGCCAAAAAGUCGUGCGAAGCUAUUCUGGACGGUGGCUUGGGGGUUGGGGGUUUACCGAUCAGUGAGAGGAAGAACAUCGGUUUCAUGGGGACGUUGGUGAGGAGUGGGAGAGGGGAAGGAAUCGUCGUUGGUACAGGCGAACAGAGUGAAUUCGGUGUCGUGUUUCGAAUGAUGCAAGAGGUCCGUUACUCUAGUGCUUUCUGUCGGGUUCGACUCGAUUGCUCAUCCAUCCCUCGUACUCUGAUGAUUGAUCAAAGAUCGAGGACCGAAAAACGCCACUCCAAAACUCGAUGGACGAACUCGCCAAAAAGCUUUCCGCCAUGUCCUUCGUCGUCAUCGGCUUCAUCUGCCUCAUCGGUGUGUUCCAACACCGUUCAUGGCUCGACAUGUUCACCAUCGGCGUUUCGCUCGCCGUCGCUGCCAUUCCCGAAGGUUUACCGAUCGUCGUCACCGUUACGCUCGCGCUCGGAGUUUUGCGCAUGUCGAAACGGUCCGCGAUCGUCAAGAAACUUCCCUCCGUCGAGACGCUCGGUUCCGUGUCCGUGAUUUGCUCCGACAAGACCGGGACCCUCACCACGAACGUGAUGACGGUGACGCAAGCCUACACCGUCGACGACGGCAUCUUUCUCAUUUCGCACGACGAGCAAUCGCUCGUCCUUCACCCUCAAGAUCACAAAGUCAAGCUCUUCCUCAUCGGCAACCUCUGCAACCACUCGACGCUGGACCGAUCAGGGAAGAACGUCGGUCAACCGACCGAAGUCGCGUUGAUGAACGUGCUCCCUCAAGUCGGACUCAAGGACGUGCGUACGACAUUUCAACGUCGUGCAGAAGUCCCCUUUUCCUCCGAGGCGAAAUCCCAAUCCGUUUCUGGUGUGUUUACCUCUAACUCAUCGGAUAGGGAAACGACUUACCUCUCCGGCGCGAUCGAGUCCGUUCUCCCCCGUUGUCGAUUCUACCUUCGAUCGGACCACACGACACCCGCGCUCGAAUCGGGUCUGGUCAAAGUGAUCCAAGGAAAAGCUUCCGAAAUGGCUUGCCAAGGUUUGCGCGUGGUCGGCUUUGCUUACGGCCCCGAUCCCGAUUCGCUCAUCUUCGUCGGCCUACAAGCGAUGAUGGACCCACCUCGAAAAGGCGUUGCCGAAGCGAUUAACCAACUACAAAGUGGUGGAAUUCAAGUGAUCAUGAUCACCGGUGACUCGACCGAAACGGCGACCUCGAUCGCUCGACAAUUAGGUCUUCGUUCGGGAGGAUGUAUGACGGGAAAGGAUUUGGAUAUCCUUUCGCAGCGACAGUUGACGGAGAGGAUUAUGGGCGUAACGGUUUUCGCGAGGACGACGCCGAAGCAUAAGAUGGCGAUUAUUGAGGCGUAUCAAUCUAGAGGGGCUGUGGUUGCGUGAGUGCAUUGUCAGAGCUUAGGGGAUGCAACUGACUCGACUAACUCUGGAGUCUUUCCAUAUGAUUGCUAGUAUGACGGGUGAUGGUGUCAACGAUGCGCCGGCGCUCAAGAUGGCUGAUAUAGGGGUGUCGAUGGGGAAGGGAGGAACGGAUGUCGCGAAGGAAGCAGCCGAUGUCAUUCUCGUCGACGACAAUUUCGCGACAUUACUACCCGCCGUGGAGGAGGGAAAAAGUGAGUUACGAGCGAAGCGCUGUAUUAUGAGCAAGAAACGAACGAAUUUGACGACGAAUCUGAUCGUAAUAACCGAUCGCACAGGCAUCUUUCUCAACAUCCAAAACUUUCUCGUCUUCCAAUUGUCGACGGCCGUUGCCGCGCUUUCCCUCAUCACGAUCACGACGCUGUUCGGACUUCCGAAUCCUCUGAACCCGAUGCAAAUCCUGUUCAUCAACAUCCUCAUGGAUGGACCGCCUUCGCAAUCGCUCGGCGUCGAUCCGGUCAAUCGCGACGUGAUGCAACGGCCGCCUCGAUCCAAGACGGCGCCCAUCUUGGAUCAACGGCUGUUGGCGAGGGUCGGGUUUUCAGCGAGCAUCAUCAUCACGGGGGUGAUGUUUGUGCUCGCGGGUGAAUUGAGCGAUGGGAGUCAUAACGCACGAGAUCAGACGAUGGUGAGUCGCAGCCAAAGUGGGGAGCUUUGAGACAGUUCAACCUUACUAAUCGCGCUUGAACCGCUCUUCAGACCUUCACCUCGUUCGUCUUUCUCGACCUCGCCUCGGCGCUCCAAAACCGCGGUCUGCACACCGCGCUCCUGUCCCCUCCACAACAAGUGAACCGCAUGCUCCUGAUCACCGUCGGCACCUCGUUCCUCGUCCAAUUAUCCCUAAUCUACGUCCCCUUCCUCCAAGCCGUGUUCCAAACUGAAGCGCUAUCGUUCCGCGAUCUGUCGGUCCUGUUGAUGCUCGGCGCCGGGUCGAUGACUUUGCACGAAAUGCGGCGGCGAUGGGAGAGAAAGAAUAUGGUCGACGAAUUGUGGAGGUCAGCGCAGACUGUAUGA